AUGCCUGUCAUUGAAAUCACCAGCAGAGCUGAGUUCUAUGAGAAGAUCCUUGAAUCAAAGGAUGCUGCGAUCCUCGACUGCUAUGCCCAAUGGUGUCCUCCUUGUAAGGCCAUUGCGCCCAAGCUCGAAGAGUGGAGCGAGCACUACACCGAUGUCAAGUUCUACAAGGUUGACGUCGAAGCGGUCCCGGACGUCGCACAGGAGCUUAAUGUGACAGCUAUGCCUACUUUCAUGCUUUUCAAGGGCGGUGAGAAAGUCACUGAAGUUGUUGGCGCUCAGGCGGGCGUCAUUGAAAAUGGCAUCAAGACCCUGCUUCUUGGAAAGGAGUGA